CCACACUCAUCUAGCCAACACUCCACCCUCGUACCUCGACCAUCCUUGAACAACACCUGGCAAUCCGCCAUAAAAUGCUCCUUCGAACCCUCCACCUAUUCCAAGCUACGCUUGCCAUCUAUGGCAGCCAGCAAUAUCUCCAAACCCUAAACAACCUCCUCGUGUACAAGAAAAUCACAAAGUACGCCAAGUACUCCAUGGUCCUCGACCACAAAAUCAAGAAGAAAAAAGAGGUCAAGAUCUCUGGCGGCGCCGCAAUUUUGCUCUCCCUGACAGUUGCCUUGACCCUAGCUCUCUGGGGUUCCUUGUUGAGCGUACAGGUGCAGUACCUGAUCUCGCCGGCUAUGGUGGGCGCCGUGGAGACUUCGCGGCGUAUUCUGAAGAAGAACUGGGCGAAGGGAGACAGCGAGACGGUGGGUCCGAGGAUUUUGUUGCCGCAGAUGCAGAAGUACAAUGAGGCUCAGAAGGGGAUGGAAGAGAUUUUCGACGUCGGUGGUGGCGGCUAUUAG